AUGUUUGACCAAUUAGCUAUAUUUACAGGUGCAGGCCAAGUGCUGUACCAAUACAAUUGUAAUGGUAGGAAAUUUGCAGAAUCACAGAUAGACGCUUUUAUCAACCAACUGAUUCUGUCUCCAGUUACCAAGAAGGACAACGUCAAUGGGAAGUACAGUGUUGUUAACGUGACAGCGACAGACAAAAAAGCUUCACGUUCUUUCUCUUCCAUGUUUUACCUAUCUAGACAACCUGAGUUAUAUUUCGUCAUUACAUACCCUGAACAGUCCCUUGAAUUGAAUAAAGAAGCAGAAGCAACAUUGGAUUUAGCUUUAGCAUUAUGGGAUUCCUUAGAGAUAGAUGUACAAGUGACUGAGAAUAUUAAAGAUAACAACGAUAUAUUAGUUGAUUUAGAUGAAGAUUUAAAUAAAUUUGACGAAUAUUUGAAGGUUAAGUAUGAAGAAUCCAUUAAGUAUAUAGCGAAGAGUAUAACAAAGGAUACAGAUGAACCUGUUGUUAAGGAUACUGCCUCCGAGAAGAAUAACAAGAAAUCAAAUAAAAAUUCUGUUAAGAAUACUACCAAUAAAGGUGGUAGAAAAUGGGGUCGUGAUGGUAUGGUAGAGGAUACCAGUAAUAUCGAUUCUUCCGCAUUAGAUUUUUCAGAAUCAUCGAAGGGUUCUGCGACAAAUACCGCUAGUAAUAGUAAUUUAGAGAAUCCAAUAGAUAAGGAUGAUUUUGGUAACAGAACAGAUAAAGGUGAUUUCUUAAUUAAAGAGAUUGAUGAUUUGUUAUCUUCCAAUGUUGAAAAUAAAAAAGAACAACAAGUGGCAGAAGGAUCAUCGAGUUAUUUAAAUUCUGCAUUUGGAUUUUUACAAAAAAAUUUAUUGGGGAACAAAACUAUUACAGAUAAGGAUUUGAAACCUGCUUUACAAAGUCUAAGAAAGAAACUUAUUAGCAAGAAUGUCGCCCCAGAGGCUGCUGAUUACUUAACUGAUCUUGUGAAAAAAGAUUUAGUGGGUUCAAAGACUGAAAGUUGGACUACAGUAGAAGACGCAGCUCGUAGUUCAUUAACAAAGGCUCUUACUCAAGUUUUGACACCAGGUGUUUCUGUAGAUCUACUACACGAAAUUCAAAAAAAGACUGGCGUUAGAACUUCAGAUAACAAAAAAAAUCCAUACGUUUUCUCUGUUGUCGGUGUAAACGGUGUUGGUAAAUCUACAAAUUUAUCAAAAUUAGCAUUCUGGUUAUUACAAAAUAAUUUCAAAGUAUUAAUUGUCGCUUGCGAUACCUUUAGGUCAGGAGCAGUUGAACAAUUAAGAGUACAUGUUGAGAAUCUUGCACAAUUAAUGGAUGAAUCACAUAUCAGGGGUUCCAAAAAUAAGAGAGGAAAAACUGGGAAUGAUUAUGUCGAAUUAUUCGAAGCAGGUUAUGGUGGUUCUGAUUUGGUUACUAAAAUCGCUAAACAAGCUAUCAAAUACGCAGGUGACGAAGAUUUUGAUAUUGUAUUAAUGGAUACUGCUGGUAGAAGACAUAAUGACGCAACUUUGAUGUCUCCGUUGAAAUCAUUUGCUGAACAAGCCAAGCCAGAUAAAAUCAUCAUGGUCGGUGAAGCGUUAGUCGGUACCGAUUCUGUGCAACAGGCCAAGAACUUUAAUGACGCUUUUGGACGAGCUAGGGAUUUGGAUUUCUUUAUCAUAUCAAAAUGUGAUACUGUUGGUGAUAUGCUUGGUGCAAUGGUAAAUAUGGUUUAUGCUACUGGUAUACCAAUAUUAUUUGUCGGUGUUGGUCAAACAUAUACAGACCUGAGAACAUUAAGUGUGAGUUGGGCUGUCAACACUUUAAUGGCAUAA